AAGCAAAAAUUCAUACGUAUAUUGAAAGAUUAUUUCAACCAAAUCAUAUCGAAGGAAUAUUAAUUGCAUAUAGAAACGGUGAUACCUCAACUCAACGUUGUAGGAGUGUAAAACCCGGUCGUUUCAUUAUUCAACAGAAAAUACCUGAUAGCAAUCAAAAUAAAAAAGAAUUUUCGGCCAAACAUAAUGAGCAUGAUCCUGAUUGUAAAGACAGGUUUAUUGUGGAUUCCGUAUACUAUGACGAUUCAGAUGCAUUUUUGGUAUACUUUACCAAAGAAUCCAGAGACAUUUGUGAUGAAGCAACUGGUUACCUCCUUGUCUGUUUUAAUAAUAUUGGCAAAAUAGUAUCAAUUCGUAUAGAUUCACCAUCAGAGCAUAUCCGAGGGAUAGCAAACAAGGAACCAUCCUUUACACUCAAUCCUACUUAUGAUGAGGAACGUGAUGUAUUUAAGAUUAAUUUUACAGAUUCUGUUCCCAUGACCACCACGUUCAAAAAAACUGAAGUUGAAGGUGUCGAGCUGGAAAUAGAUAAUGAAGGAAAGCUUGUUACAUUGUUGUUUCAUGAUGCCAGUAACAAAAUGUCAAACAUAUCAAAAACAAGUGUGUAA